AUGUUGAGGUAUGAUGACCUUGUGCAAAAAGUCGCUGAGGUAAUCCUGCCUGACCUCUGUUGUUGGGUGACCUACCUUCUUGGAAAUGAAGAGACAAACGACUCCAGCAGUACUACACCCAUUAAUACGACUUCAGGCCAUAAGUUGCAAGGCAAUAGCAGCCUCAUUGUUAUAUCAUCCACGCAACCUACAACAUCUACAGUAGGUGUGACCACCAGUACUACUCAUCUGACCAAUACCAGUCAGCCCACCAACACUGCUAUGUCUGUCACCUUGACAACUCAGCCCACCAAAGUUAACCAGACAACAGGAUCCACCACAGCUCUGUCAGUCACAUCACAACCCAAUAUUACAGUGUUGACCACAACCAAGAUUUCUUUCACUUCUGUAACAGCUACAUCUAAAUCUGAGGCUGUUGUAGCCAAAACCUCUAGAUUUGAUGUGGGCAGUUUUGUAGGUGGCAUUGUGCUGACACUUGGAGUCCUAGUUAUUCUCUACAUCGGGUGCAAAACCUAUCACUCUAGAAGAGGCAUUCGGUACAGAACCAUUGAUGAACAUGAUGCCAUCAUUUAG